UCAAAAUGGCGGCCAAGAUCGCCAACUCGUGCAAGCAACUUCGGCCUGUAAAAUUUCCUUUGCGAUCGCUAGUGUUACGAACAUUCUACAGCAGUAAAUCAUUGGAAAAUAUGGGGAAAAUUACAUUGUUUUCUAAUCCUGAAGUUCAGUCAUUAUUAAAGAAACUCACAGGUCGUAAUUUGGAUAAAAUAUACGCCAUGCGCAGAGGAGAAUUUGAAGUUCCAUCGUACAAACUAAUGACAGAUGCAGAGUACUUAGAGGUACAACAUAGAAAUGAAGAAGAAGCCGAAGCUAUGCUUGAAAUGCCACCAGUGAUGGAAGAGAGACAAGAGAUCGAUGAAAUUAUUGAAGAAAAAGAAGAGCUGGCGCAGUUUUCAGAGUCAAAUUACGUUUUUACAGAUAUCAGCACAAGUGAAUCUGAUAGGACAAGGGCAAUAACAGUGAGAGAACCAAGUGGCAGAUUACGAAAAGCAUCAUGGGAAGAAAGAGAUAGAUUGAAUUUUAUAUAUUUCCCUAAGCCUGGAAGACAGUAUGAAAUGCCAGAACUCCUCACUGAUGAAGGAAUGGUGGUUGUGUUUCAGCAAAACAGACAUGAAGAUGUUCUAGAUCUGGCUUGUGUUCAGUUUGAACCAGACUCAGCAGAUUACAUCAGAGUUCAUCACAGGACAUAUGAAGACCUACUCACACAUAAAAAGUUUGAAAUUUUAAGAUCAACAAGACAUUACGGAGGACUUCUAUAUUAUUUGGCAAAACAACAAAAACUCAAUGAAUUGCUGGAUAAUAUGAUGGACAGGGAACAGUGGGAUGACUGUAUUGAUGUGGUGAGACUUCACCUCCUUUGUCAUCCGGGAAGCGAGAUAACACGUCGAAUUGGAAAGAACAACUUAAAAGGCUUCUCUAUGCUCCGGGCCUUCCUCAGAAAUUGUGGGACACAAGGUACAUUGAAGAAGUUAGAAGACCACAUGGCACAUCCUACUGAGGAGCAAAAUGUGGGGACAUCAUCAACCUCUGUAAAUUAGAGGCAAUGCUUUAAAGAGAAAAAUUAAAAUACAUUGUCUUGUUUUUUGGUGUUUGGAA